AUGGGCCUAGCCAUCGCGCCCCCAGACCAGGCUGGCCUCUUGGCCCCUCUCCUCCCGGCCCUGCCCGCCGCCGCCGCCUCGGCCCAGCCCGCCGUCAAACUUCUCCCUUUGCUCUCCCCUAUCCUGCGCCAGCGCGUCCAGCUGCUCUCCGAGUCUUCGUCGGAGCCCUGGCUGCGCCUUCUCUGCUACGAUGCCGCCAAGGCAGUAAAGCUCGCCGACAUUGUCCGCGGGCCCUCGCUCGAGCCCCAUCCCGUCUCGGGCGAGGUCGAGGUCGACUGGGGCUAUGACGCCCACACCAGAUACAGGCGCCUCGAUCGCGAGACGCUGCAGGCUCUCGUUGCCCUGCCGGAGCUCGGCAUCGCCUUUCAGCUCGUCUACUGCGUCGGCGACCACGAGGGCGGCGGCGAUGGCUGGAGGAUUGGCGAAGUCACCGUGGCCGACAAGCCCUCUCCUUUUUCUCGCUUUGGCGGCGCAUCCACAAUCGUCGAGGCCGAACGGCACUUCCAAGACGGCCAGGGCAACGGCGGCAGCAACAGCCAAACCAAGGCCACGCUCACCUCGCAACAACAUGACAACGGACCCGCUACUGCCCAAGAUGACGACGACGACGAUUACUGGGGUCGUUAUGACGCGACUCCGGCCCGCACUCCGGCCGUGACGCGGUCCCCUGGCCCCUGCGCAGUGCCCUCCUCCCGUUCGACCGACCCUUACCGCCCGGCCUCCACCGAGGACGACUACUUUGCGCAGUACGACCAAGUCCAGCCUGCCAUGGAUAACCACGACCCCGACGAGGAGGCUCAGAACGCACACCUCGUUCCGCCCCUGGGGCUCGGCAGCGCGCAGAGCUCGGGGCUCCCCGGCCAGGGCCCGGACACGACGGCGACCAGCAAGCCCAUGUCCGCCGACAUCAUCCACCCGCGCCCCGAAUCGAGCGCCAGCUCCAACGGCUCCUACAACGUCGCCAGGCUUGAGGAGACGGCGGGCAAGCAGGAGCAGAACGAGUUUGGCGUCAAGCAGCACGUCUCCCGGAGCAUCAGGAGUCUGUACAUGCUGGCGCGGACAUCUGGCAUCGCCCGCGAGGAAUUUGCCCGUCUCGUCACGACUGAGCUCGCUGUCUUGGGCAUCAUGGAGGAGGACGACUGA